AUGUUCAGCGCGUCCAGCACGCCCCCCGCGGCCGCGGCCGCCAAGCGGCCGGCCCACGGCCUCAUGCGCGUCCUCACUCUCCUGUGCGUGCUCGCGGUCGGCGCCGCGGCGCUCUCGCACGCCACGGCGGCCGCGCGGGGCCCGGCAGGCGCCCCGGCCGUGCUCGACAGGGCAACGGCCGCCCUCCGCUGGUGGACGCGCGGGAACUACGAGGGCUCCUGGGCGGCGGAGAAGGCCCGCCGCAUCGAGCUCAUCCGGGAGGAAAACGACUGGAAGAACGACCUCCUGCUACACGACCUCCUCCACCUCCCCCGGGCCUGGACCGAGCCGCUCCCGCGCCUCGCGCGGUCCUGGGCGCGCAACUACGUCGGCGUCAACCUCGUGUACUUCGCCGUGGGGGCCCUCUGGUGCUACAUGUGCUACUUCGUCUGGGGCAGGGAGCUGUACAACAAGGGGGAGCGCAUUCCCGCGUGGAAGGACGUUUGGGAGCAGAUGAAGGUGUCGAUCAUCGCGAUGCCGGGCUACGCGCUGUUGCCGGCGACGUCGGAGUGGGUGGUGGAGCGCGGGUGGACGCUGGUGUACCCGCGCGUGGACAACUACGGCGCGCCGGCGUUCUUCGCGAUGUUCUUCUUCUACAUGUGCUGCGUGGAGUUCUGGGUCUACUGGAUGCACCGCUCCCUGCACUGGGGCUUCCUAUACACGCAGCUGCACGCCACGCACCACAAGUACAACAAGGAGGGCACGCUGUCGCCCUUCGCCGGCCUCGCCUUCCACUGGCUCGACGGCGUCAUCCAGGCGUUCCCGUACUGCUUCAUGCUCCUGACGGUGCCAGUGCACUUCCUGUCGCACGAGCUCAUCCUGUUCGGCACGGGCGUGUGGACGACGAACAUCCACGACUGCCUGCACGCCAACGUCGCCCCCGUCAUGGGCGCCGGCUACCACGCCAUUCACCACAUCACCUACCGCCACAACCACGGGCACUACUUCACGUACAUGGACCGCAUCUUCGGGACCCUGUAUACCCCCGAGGAGUUCGGCUACCACGCCGACGACCACAAGGAGGCGAAGACCGUGAAGGCGGAGUGA